AUGUCUGUCCCGGAGCAGCUGUCACCCUAUCCCCCGUGGUGCCACCCUGUGUCACGGGUGGUGAGUCCCGGUGCCGGCGGGUGCGGGAGCGGCGCGGGAGGCCCCUCCCCGGGGCGGUCGCAGCGCCGGCCGGGUGUCCGGGAUCGGAUCAGGAAGCGGGAGCGGCGGCGGGGCCCGGGAGCCGGGAGCGGGCGGCCCGGCAUGGGCGCCGCGGGGCUGGCGCUGCUGGCGCUGCUGCUGGCGGCGGCGGGCGGGGACCGCGGGGACCCCCGCGACACCCUGCUCUGCUCGCAGGGCCUCGCCUGCCACCUCCUCGACACCGAUGUGCUCUGCGGGCUGGAGCCGCUGGAGCCCGGCCACGGGCUGGCCCUGGCUCGGCUGCGCCUGCAGCCUGCGCUGCGCUGUGCCGGGCCCAUGGACUGCUCGCCCUGUCUGGAGGCUCACCUGCACCUGGCCCUGCCACCCGGCACCGGCGAGCCCCACCACGCUGUGCCAUCAGGCCACCCCGGGACAGAAGAUGGCACUGACGGAGGGCAGCGGUCACUGGUGGAUGAGGCUGCCUCAUCCCAGCCCAACAUCACCGGGCUCCUGCUGCUCUCCGGGCACGCGUACGCCUCCUCCCGCUGUGUGGCCGUGGAGGUGUGGGCACCACUGGCCCCUACGCUACCCGGCCAACCCUUGGGUUGGGUGACCUUCCGGUGCUUCGAGGCGCCGCUGGGCUCUGAGCUCCGCGUCACAGCGUACACCAACUCACGUGGCCGCCGGAGACUGAGCCGGCGGCAGCGGGUGCCAGACUGCUCGUGGCCUGCGGCACAGUCUGCUGUCCCCCAGUGCCAAGUGCCCAAGCUGCAGAUCUCCCCGGGGCUGAACGAGGUGGUCGUGGAGGUGCAAGGCGCUGCGACGGAGCACAGCUACACCCUCCGGCUCUACCACAACCAGAGCCACGGUGCUGGUGGGCCAGGGCGUGCGGUAACCGCAAGCGGCCCCAUGAACUACAGCUUGCCAGCCGAGGAGGUGCUGCCCUGCCUCUGCCUGCAGGUCUGGCUGGAGACCCAGGACCCACUGCGGGCCAGCCUGUGCCCCUUCUCCCAUGAUGCUGAGGCCUGGGAGCGGCUGUGGGCGCGCAGCCAGCUGAUCUUGCAUGCCGAAGGGCAGGCACUGACCUGCUCCCUCUCGGCCCCCUGUGACCUCCCGGCUGAGCUGGUGCCCUGCUGGCAGCCGGCACCCACUGGACCCUGCCAAGCCCUGCCUGGCCUGCAGCAGCCCGCUGUGGGGCAGGGACCCCAGGAGUUUAGGGGGCUGCAGCCACACCCCAGCAUCUGCGUUCAGGUGCGCAGUGGUGGGCAAGUCCGGCUGACACAGUGCCUGCGGGACCGAGCCCUGCCUGGCCACACUGAUGACCUCCUGCUGCUGGAGCAUGGGGGGAACACUUCGCUGUGUGCCCUGGAGCGGGGCACCUGCACGCCCCUUGCCAGCUUCGACAGAGUGGGAGCUGGGCACCCUGGGCUACUGGAAGAGGAGUUGUGCAGGGAUGUGGCGAUGGGGCGGUGCAGACAGAUCUGGCACCCUGAGAAUGGCACUGAGGUCACGCUCUGGGCUUGUCCCCUGCAUAAGUACCUGCGCACCCGCUGGGCACUGGUGUGGAUGGGGGUGCUGCUGGGAGCUGCCUGCCUCAUCCUCCUACUCCUGCUGAAGAAAGAGGAUGCAAAAGGCUGGCUGAAGACCCUGAGGGCUGACUAUGGCUCCGAGGGCCCGCUGCGAGGCCGACGGGCGCUGCUGGUGCACGCAGCGGAGCCGGCAGCAGAGCGGGCAGCAUGUGCCUUGAUGGCAGCCCUGCGCCCGCUGGGGCUGGCGGUGGUGGCAGCCCCGGGCGGUGGCAGUGGGGUGGCAGCGUGGGGGCCGCUGCCCUGGCUGCACGCCCAUCAUCGCCGAGCACUGCGCGAGGGUGACACCAUCAUCCUCCUCCUCUCCCCGUCGGCUGUGGCGGCUACAAGCCGGUGGGAUGCCAGGGCCAGAGCCGUGCCGGGGGCCAGGGACGCUGAAAGCAUCGCUGGCCCCCGGCAUGGCCCUAGCCCUGAUGAUGUCCCUACGGUAGCACCCUGUGAGGUGUUUGCGGCAGCUCUGUCCUGUGCCAUGCCAGUGCUGGCAGCAGGCAAUGGGCGCUAUGUGGUGGCUCGGCUAGAGGCCUUGGUGCCAGCGGUGCCACCAGCACUGUGGGCAGCCCCUGCCUUUGCGCUGCCCAGCGAGACGGCGGGGUUCCUGCGGGCGCUGGCGGGACCGGGUCAGUGGCCGGAGCCGUACGUGGCAGCGGUGGCUGAGGGGCUGCGGCGGGCGCUGGGGGAAUAAAGUGGUAAUGGUAC